AUGUGCCGCUUCAGGGAAGACCAAUGCUGUUGUCAGCAUGUCAAUCGGGAUUUACCUCACGAACCUGGUUACGUGACCACCAACUACAUUCUUCCCUCUUAUGGCUGUUCAAACUUAACCCAUGAGGCCUAUAAUAUCAAUCUCUCCCAUUAUUCUCAGUCAGGAGAAGCGAGUCCCAUUGGAAGCGAAUCCACACACCAACUUCAAGAGCCAGACAUCGCCUAUUUCAAUGGUUACGCACCACCAACUCAAUCAUUCUACACUUCAACUGAAAAAUUACAUGAUUCCCCGUCUCUCUCUCCCUAUCCAGGAGCCUUCACCAACAAUGCGCGUUCACAUGGAUUAAGUGUUGGGUCGAUUAAACAAAGCCAUUUAGGCAAUGAAGCAAUUCAAUCCAGCAUUGCAAAGCCAGGGCAGUCAAUUGAGCCAGGACUAGGAUGGUCAGGCUUGGGGAAUCCAGAUGCGCAACGCUCGCUCAAUAUUACACACCCCUCAAGCAUCAAUCUCGCUUUGAUGAAAAGCUCGCAAGCAUUUCCACCUAGUGGAUGUGAUUUAUCAGAAUAUGCAAACAACUUGAAGCAAGAUCAAAGUCAGCAGAACAACUUUGUGGCCUCAGUAAAUGAAGGAGUACAAGUCGCUCCAGAAGAUAAUAGCCGAAUAAACCAGGCAGACAUUGUUCUGAGAGUUCCUAGGCCUUCUGACACAUCGGAGGCUCAUUAUCUUUUUGUCAAUAGGGCCCCAUCUCAAUAUUCCUCUUCAUAUUCGAACCAUAAUUCUCAAAUCCAGGAACCUUUUACCGUAGUCGCCACAAAUCAACAGCCAGCAGAUUUGGACAACCAAAACCAAUACUCACCAUCAGGCGCUAUAAGCGAUACGCGUCAGUUUCCUUACAAGUGUCCAUAUGAAAAAUGCAAGAGCAAGGACAAAAAGAUUUUUACAGGGUAUUCUGACUGGCAAGCCCACUGGUAUAGAGCGCAUGAAAAGCGAUUCUCGUGCUCAAUGUGCAAUGCAAUAUUCGGCACAGAUGCGGAAGUCAGGCGUCACUCGACGGCUAUUCAUCCCAAUGGCCCUAAGGAAUUUACUUGCAAGGUCCGACGUUGUGCUGGCCGCUCGCAGGAGUUCAACAGAAAGCAUCGCUUGAAGGAACACAUGGAGAAAUGGCACGGCUAUUACUACUGUUCUGCUAUGUAUUGUUCUCGGGGGCCUGGGCACGGUUUCAAGCAUCAGACAUUACUGAAUGAACACCUAAUCAAAUCCCACGGUCAUGGCGGAUUUAGCAAAACUGUUCAAGAUGCAGAAAAGUUAUUCAUUUCUUCUUACCUUUCAGCAAUUCCUCACUUGUGGCCGAGUAAAGAGCCCCCCAUCGAGAUUAAAAGCCGAAGAUUCUGCCUCGAAGAUUACCUUGAGAGCCACACAGCCAUGACUCGAAGAAAUUUUGAUCAAUCAAAUUGCGACAAUUCGGGACACGAAUCAGCCUCGCAUCGCACAUACAGCACUUACAGUAGUGCAUACAGCGAUGGACAAUGCCCCAAUUCCGCCAAAGUUCCAAGGUCCUGCUUCGACAAUGAUGUACACGGCAACGUCGUAUUGAGAGACUUUACCAGCAGUUUGCCGGAUCUUAUCGAAUUAGAUUGUGCCUACUCAAAUCGGGGCAUUGCUCAAAUUUUUCCCAAUGAGGAAUGGUUCCCGAAUGCCCCAAACCUCCCCUCUUCCUCAGCCGAUUGCGAAUUUUCGGUGUCUAAUUUUACAUGCGAUCCCACAAUCCAAAGUUCGUUUGUUCCAACGAUUUGCGAUUCUCAAAUAUUUGAGGAUUUUGAUUUUGACGAUUCUUGGUUGGCUGGCGACAUUUCUUCACCAUCGCUUCCUUAUGAUGAACAAUUUCAAUUUUGUAGCCAGACGUCGAGUUGCAAGAACCUGUCAAACAUCUCAACAGGUGCUGGAACAUCGGUUCAAGGUAGCAAGUAUGCUGAAUUUUUGGAGUCUAAUUUCUGCGGACCAGCUCAGUGCCCUUGGGUCGAAUGUACUUCAAGGGCAACAUUUGCCACGCUUAAAGCUUUCAGCAAACAUUUAAAGAAUAUACAUUUGAGGCCCUUAGUCUGUGACCAUGAUGGUUGUGGCUAUCAGAAACCAUUUAGAAAUAAGUAUGACUUGGAACGGCACCGCCAAACUGCACACGUUCGUGCACGUAAUCACGAGUGUCCUUUUUUGCACUGUGGAAACAUCGGGUUCGCCCGCAAAGACAAACUAUGGGUUCACAUCCGGGAGUGUCAUGAUAAACCAUCUACUGUCAGUACGUGUCCUGUAAUUCACUGCGGGAAAGAAGUCAAGACGCCUGUUUCCGAGCACAUACAGAAAGAACACGGAAGUUUUGAAUGCGGGUUGAGCACGUGUGGAACAAAGCAAAGUCGCUUCACGGAUAUUCAACUCGAAAGUCAUUUGAGAAGCGCGCAUGGGUUGAAUUUUGGGGAAGCUUCGAAAGCUGUUGGGGCGGCCAAGAAAGCUUCAGAUAAAACGAUACGAAUAAGGGAGCUCUACACAAAAUCAGAGAUCAGAGAAUGUGCCAUUUGCAGUCCCUGA